AAUAAGGAAACAAAACCCUAUCCUAAUUUUCAAUCCUCAAUUUCUCAGUUAAAAAAUGUCGAAAUCAAAUCACCAAGAUGACCUAGAUCUCCUUCUUUCACUUCCCGAUAGGGUUUUGGAAACCCCUCCAGCUUCCCCUUCAUCUCAUUUCCCAGAUUAUUUGUCAGAUGAUGGAUCGCCAAAGCGAUUGGGGGAGGCAAAUAUGUCUGUCUUUAGGGAUGCUGUUCAGGAUUGUCUUGAUUAUGAUACUGAAAUUGCCAAGAAAGCUGCUAAAUCAAAGCGCACAAAGGAGUCAAGUGAUGCUGAGGUUGAAAAGUUUUCGGGUUUGCGAAUUCGGAAUCAAGUAGUCUCACCUGUUGAACUGAGCAACCAUUUUGCUGAUAUUAGGUUCAUCCGGUUAUCAGCAAUAAGGAAUUCACUACUAGGCGACACCCUUUCUGGUUGUUGGGCAACUGUUGGUGCUUUAACAGAGAAGGGGCAACCAAGAACAAGUUCAACAGGGAAGACAUAUGCAAUCUGGAAAAUCGGAUCUUUGGAUGAAAAAACUAUUUCUCUUUUUGUUUUUGGUGAUGCUUAUCAGAAGAACUGCAAUGAAAAGGCUGGUGCAGUUUUUGCGCUGUUUAAUUGCAGCGCACGCAAGGACCACUCGGAACAUGGAUUUUCAUUGAGUGUUUAUUCAGCCAGUCACAUUUUAAAGAUUGGCACAUCUGUGGAUUAUGGAGUUUGCAAGGGGAAAAGGAAGGAUGGGAUGGCUUGCACUGUAAUCAUUAAUAAGCGGCGUGGAACAUAUUGCAGCUACCAUAAGCAGAGAACAUCUGAGAAAUACUCCUCCAGCAUGAGGGCUGAACUAAAAGGCGGGAACCUACGUACGGGUUUCAGAGAUCAUCUCAAGUCUGAAGGAAUUUACGUUGUUAAUCCUUUAGCUAACAAGACAAACUUCACAGAGUCUUCAGCACCAUUGAAGUUACUGUCAGUAGAUGGAUUGAAAAAGGCAUUAAGCAAUGCAGGGAAAGUGACUACCAAUGUACAUUCUCAAGGAAUAAGGUUUCUUAGUCAAAUUACAGGAAAAUUGAACUCAAAUAAUACCAAAGAAUCUAUUACUGUCCAAGAUCAAACAAGAAAUAUCACAACAAACGAAAGGCCAUCCUCCACCAAGAGAAAGAAUCUAAGUGAAACAAGACCAAGUCACAGUUGUGUUCACAAGAAGCCAAAAAGGGAACAACAGAAUUCAGGACAAAAACCUGAACAGGUUAAAGAAAAAAUGAUAGAACUAGACCUUGUCAGUUCAGAUGAUGAACUAGAUUUAUAGUCAUCUGAUGUAAUGUAUUCCUAUGCUCUUUCAUAUAGUAAUUUUUUAGCUUGUUGUAGAAAGUUUUUCAUUAAAAAAGAACUUUUAAUCUUA